AUGCCUAUCGAAACCCCAGCUCCGAAGCAGUCUCCUUCUACCACUGAUCCCCUAAAGGCUUUAGUCUGGGACUGCGCAGCUUUGGUGCUGGCUAAUUUAAGCAUCUCCGACCUGGCACGCAGUCAGCGGGUUAGCAAACACUGGCAAGACUGUAUUGCUAGUUGGGGGCUGCGACAGCACUUUCCCGACAAGUGGAAGCAGGCAGUUGAUGCUGAUAAUGGAGAUCGUGAGGAGAUAUUCAGGAUGUUUAAUCAAUGUGCUAUUGGAUACGAACUUCGGGAAAGAUGGGUCUCUGGAAAGGUAGUGAGUCAAAAUGACAUGGACUGUUCUCACUCAUAUUACUGCACAGUGGCCGGUGACUACCGUGCCUGGAAACAUGGCGGCUCUAUCUUCUGGCAACGCCUUGACUACCAAGAUGGAGGGAAGCCGUUUCCUCAUCAGAAAUUGGAUUUCGAAGCUGACUGGCCCUUUAGGGUUUACGCUUUAAAUUUAAACUCUCGUGGGCUUAUUCUGGUCACAGUCAGGUGUUCGGACUCCGAUGGAAUCGAAUAUAGAGAACACCUGCUAGACCUGAAUACAGGCGGCGAACUAUGGUCCAGGAAGAGCUUUGUGACCAAUGGGGAACGCAACGCACAUGCUACGAUACACAUGGGGCCAGAAGCCAUUUAUCGCUACGGAGAAAGGAAUACCGAUAUUGAACUGUAUGAUGUCCAAACAGACACCUGGCUCUAUAGCCUCCCAUCGAUACUUGAUUUCGCCCCUGUGUCCGCGAUCGAAGUGCAUCGCAUUGCCGGGCGAGAUAUCAUCUUCGCUAUCAAGGCUUGGAAUAUUGUUCAGCUCAUUGAUCCCAAAAAUGGCAGUCGUCUGCUAGAGGUCGAAAUAGCCUUCUGGCUUGAUACGGAAGUCGUAGUUUCGAGCCGACCAAACGAGAGUGCAUUUGCACUCAUCAGUCAGGUCGACGAUGAUGAUGAGGAAUCGAAGUUGACCAAGAUCCGCAAGUUUGCUUCUGACGCUGAUGGGAAAUUCAUCGACCAGGGAGUUGAAGUUAUAGACUUGACAGAAAUAUCAAAGGGUUCGAACCACGAAACAGUCGCCAUUGACCCCUUCAGGCAUUUUGCUGUCGCUCCCCAGUGCGGGCACGGCUGUCCUUAUAUAUGGACGAUCAAGCCUAGCUCGACUGAGAUCAAAAUACCAGACUACUACGACGAAACGGGCGAAAUCAUCGCAAGGAUUAUCAGCCUCGGGGAUAAGCAAGAGCUAGGACAGCUGUUCCCAGAGGGAGUGGGCUGCUGUAACCAGUAUAUGCUCUCGAUCAAGUGGAAUAGACUGCAUGUGUUUUGUAUCGACAUUGAGAUUGAUAUUAUGAGCUUUGAAUUCGGAAGUUCGUGGACUGUGUACAACUUUGGGUUCCAGCACCUGCCGUCACGAUUAACCGGCAUCCAGGACGAGGUCGGCCAGACAUUUUGA